UCAACAGCCGCCAUCUUGACGCGGCUCAGAAUCGGGAUUUCGGGGGCAGCAUUAAUUUUAAAAACCGACCGGAGCUCCUCAAAUUGGGCUCAAACGGCUUUUUUCUUGCAGAAAUCCGAAGUGUUACUCCUUCUGAUGAGAAUUAAUGCAAACAUGUGAGGAUUACGCGGGUAUUUAUCGUCUCGAAAGCCCACUGUAUAUUUGAUUUCCCUUUUAGCGAGCGCCGAUUCUCGCCGAUUCUCCGUCCCGAGACGCUGGAUUUACCGGGAGACAGCGACGACAAAAAUAAUCCACCUCAUAGAAAAUAUUUUUUGAUUUUUGCUCUUUUUAUUGAAGCCGGAGAUAGAUUUUAUGGCUGCUCGUUUCGACUGCGAAAAAAAUGAUUCUGUACGGACGUGAAUCCGGCGAUCUGCGGCGAAAGGGAUCAGCUUACGCCUUGUGUAAUAUUUUAUGAUUAUUUUUUAUUUAUUUUUCUUGAAGCUAAAUAAUUUCUGGACGUAAUUAUUGAGGAUAAUUAUGUGGGUGUUGGGUGUUGGAUUAUCAUGGGUUGAUCUUCGGCGGCGGAGCGUGGCGCUGUUGCCUUUCUUUUGAAACCUUUUUUUUUUUCUCCAGGCAGCAUUUCGCUAGUCUGCCAGUCAAGAAAAAAAAAACACCGAUACAUUGCUAAUUUUUUACACGCAACGUAAGGAAAAAGUUCCCAGUUCUCACGAGCCUGAAGCCGACAAGGUGGAUUGAUCCUGCGGUUGUUUUCCUGCAUCAUCAUCCAUUCACAACCUUUUCCGACCAGGAUGGCUGACAAUCUGCUGGAGGUCGGACCCCCCACUGCAAAGCGACCCAAGCUCAAUUCACCCCUCUCAGUGUCAGAUGGCCCAGAUCUUGUAUCUCUCUUUGACCUGGAAGACGACCUCCCGGAUGAACUCAUCCCCAAUGGAGACUUGGGAAUGUCCUCCAAUGGCGGUCCAGGUGGUGGGGGUCCUGGUCUCAACUCCAUCAUCCCUGAUGCGGCAGCCAAACACAAGCAGCUUUCUGAGCUUCUGCGACCAGGAAGCUCCUCCAUCUUGGGAGGGGUUCUCAACUCUCUCAGCCCCCAACAGGGAGGCAUGGUGGAAAGCCAGCUAGGCGCUGUGCUUGGGAAAAGUUCACAUCGCCAGGGUUCUCCCAACCACCAGUCUCCCCAGGCCCAGAAAGGAGGGACUCCUACCGGACAAGGAAAUGGGGGCAUGAGCUUCAACCAGGCCAUGUUGAACAGUGGGCAGGGCCACGGGGUCAUGGGCCAGACGGGUCAAGUGAUGAAUGGGGCUCUGGGACCAGCAGGCCGGGGCCGACCCGGCAUGCAGUACCAAGGCAUGCAGGGGGCACAAGUGGGUGCUGGACCUGGUGCUGGAGGCAGUGUGCUGGCAGAGACUCUCACCCAAGGGGGGGCACAGUUGGGUGCACACAACACGUUGACUGCUCAGCAAGCUGGAAACAUGAAUAAGAUGGGGAUGUCUGGAGGUCCGUUUGGCCAGCAGUACGGUCAGGCUGGUGUGCAGCAGAUGGGGGCCGCGGGGGUCAAUGCCCAACAGCUCCAAAACAAGACAAGCCUUUCCAACAACCUGCCCCAAUUCCCUACUGAGCUGAAGGGAGCUGGGAGUGUGCCAAACCUGAUGCAGCAGCAGGCAGCGUCGGUGGGUAUGGUCCCCGGGGCCGGCGGCGUGUCAACGGGCCCGACGGCUGACCCCGAGAAGCGCAAACUCAUUCAGCAGCAGCUGGUCCUGUUGCUCCACGCACACAAGUGCCAGCGGCGGGAGCAGGCCAACGGGGAGAUGAGAGCCUGUACUCUGCCCCAUUGCCGCACCAUGAAGAACGUCCUCAACCACAUGACCCACUGCCAGGCCGGCAAGUCCUGCCAGGUGGCUCACUGUGCAUCAUCCAGGCAGAUCAUCUCCCACUGGAAGAACUGCACGCGGCACGACUGUCCGGUCUGCCUGCCUUUAAAGAACGCAAGUGACAAGAGGAACCAGCAACCAAUGCUAAGUUCUCCUGGUGCAAGCCUGCAGAGUGCCAUCAGUACAGUGGGGCCUGGCCAGCCCAGUGCCACAGCCAUCCACAGCGCUGCCACACACAUCGACCCCAGCUCCAUGCAGAGGGCCUAUGCUGCCCUUGGCCUGCCGUACGGGAACCAGUCCCCUGCCCAGGGACAGGGACCCUCUCAACAUAAUCCCCAGGGUCCCCAGCACCAGCAGCUGCGAAAUCUGAACCCACUAGGCACUAAUCAGAUGAACCAGAUGGCAGGAGGCAUGGGUGUCCCCUCUUCAGACCAGGCCGGCAUGCACUCUGACUCCUCGCUAUCAUCCACACUCAACAACCAGUUGAUGCCGGAUGGCUCAGUAGUGGGAGGCAUGGGAAACCUGCCCGCCGCCACCCCUCUCUCUUCGUCGGGGGUAAGGAAGGCCUGGCAUGAACACGUCACUCAGGACCUGCGCACCCACCUGGUGCACAAACUUGUACAAGCCAUAUUCCCCACCCCAGACCCUGCUGCGCUGAAGGACCGGCGAAUGGAGAACCUGGUGGCGUACGCACGCAAGGUUGAGGGUGACAUGUACGAGUCGGCUAACAGCAGGGAUGAGUAUUACCACUUCCUGGCAGAGAAAAUCUACAAGAUCCAGAAGGAGUUGGAGGAAAAGAGGCGCUCACGCCUCCAGAAACAACCUGGCAUGGUGGGCACAGCUGGGCCUCAGCAACCUGGAAUGUCUCAGUCCAACACCAUGGGCCCAGGACAGGGUGUCCGGUCUCCCAAUGGACCUGUGCCUAUACCCAACAUGCCGAAUCAGAUAAUGAAUCGUAUGCAGGCUGCCCAAGGAAUCAAUCAGUUCAACCCAAUGGCAAUGCAGAAUUCGCAGAUGUCUCAGGCACCUAUUGGAGCCCGUGCUCCCUCCCCGAUGAACCAUCCGCAGCAAAUGAACAUGAGCUCGGUCCCAACGAUGGGCAUGUCCCCGUCAAGGAUGCCUCAGACUCAAGGAAUGAUGGGUAGUCACGCUAACAACAUGGUAGCGCAACCAGCCAAUCAGGGCCAGUUCCUUCAACAGGGCCAGUUCCCCGCUGCUGCAGGUGGAGCGAUGAAUGUAGGCUUGGGUCCGCCCUUAACGCAGGCUCCUGUCACACAGCCACAGAACUCUAACAUCCCUCUGAAUGCACUGGGAGCUCACGGCCCCCAGCUGCCCUGUGGCCCCGCGGCCCAGCCUCCCCUCGGCGCUACCCCUCCACCCAGUGCCUCUGCCAGCCUGCAGCACCUGCAGCAGCACCUUGCUUCUGCACAGGCCCAAGUGCCACCCCGGCCCACUACCCCCGCCUCCACGGGUGGGCCCUCUUCCACCCCAACCCACAUACCCAGUAGCCUCCAUGGCCCCCCCUCAGCUAAGGGCACACCUAACCCCUCCCAGCCGAACACACCCCUGCAGCCGCAGACAGAACCCCCCAGCCAAAUGCAGCAGCCCACCUCAGUGCAGGCACAGCACCCCAGCACACCGUUGUCUCAGGCAGCAGCGAGUAUCGAUAACAGAGUGCCCACCCCAGCCUCUGUGGCUGAGCUGAGCUCCCAGCAGGCCCUGCCGGACACGGGCAGCGCUGAAGUCAAACUUGAAGUAAAAGACGAAGAAGAUGAUGACAACCAGUCUGGAAAGAAGCAGCCAGAUGUGAAAAUGGAGGAUGAUGAAACCAAACCCCUGCUGGUGAAGAAGGAAGAGCCAGAUGCAAAAGAGCCAAAGCAGGAACCAAUGGAAACUGAGGUAAAGAAGCUGGAAAUAAAAACGGAACCCAAAGACGAGGAGGAAAGUGGGGCCAACGGCACAUCCAGCAGCUCCAGCCCUCAGAACCGAAAAAAAAUUUUCAAGCCAGAGGAGUUGAGACAAGCCUUAAUGCCAACACUGGAGGCGCUCUACAGGCAAGACCCAGAGUCACUGCCCUUCAGACAACCUGUAGACCCCAUGCUACUCGGCAUCCCUGACUACUUUGAUAUUGUGAAGAAUCCCAUCGACUUAUCUACCAUCAAGCGCAAGCUGGAUACGGGUCAAUACCAGGAGCCGUGGCAGUAUGUGGACGAUGUGUGGCUCAUGUUCAACAAUGCCUGGUUGUAUAACCGCAAAACAUCCCGCGUCUACAAGUACUGCACCAAGCUGGCAGAAGUGUUUGAAGCAGAGAUCGAUCCCGUCAUGCAGGGCUUGGGCUACUGCUGCGGCAGGAAGUACGAGUUCUCACCCCAGACCCUGUGUUGCUAUGGAAAACAGUUGUGUACCAUUUCCAGGGACGGCACCUACUACAGCUACCAGAACAGGUAUCACUUCUGUGAGAAGUGCUUCAACGAGAUCCAGGGCAACAGUGUGACCCUGGGAGAUGACCCGGCACAGACACAGACCAUGAUAUCAAAAGAGCAGUUCGAGAAGAAGAAAAACGACAUGUUGGACCCUGAACCGUUUGUUGAAUGUAAAGACUGUGGACGAAAGAUGCAUCAGAUCUGCGUGCUGCACUACGAUGUUAUUUGGCCCACAGGCUUUAUCUGUGACAACUGUCUGAAGAAGUCUGGCAAAACAAGAAAGGAGAACAGGUUUUCAGCAAGAAGCCUCUGUAAAGGGCUGCAAUCAACCAGGUUGGGAACGUACAUCGAGGACAGAGUGAACAAGUACUUGAAAAGGCAAAACCAUCCCGAGGCUGGCGAGGUGUUUGUGCGGGUGGUGGCCAGCUCUGACAAAAAUGUGGAGAUUAAGCCCGGCAUGAAGUCUCGGUUUGUGGACUCAGGCGAGAUGGUGGAGACUUUCCCUUACAGAACCAAAGCACUUUUUGCAUUUGAGGAAAUAGACGGGGUUGACGUUUGUUUCUUUGGGAUGCAUGUUCAGGAGUAUGGCUCAGAGUGCCCCUUUCCAAAUACCAGGCGGGUUUACAUAUCAUACCUCGACAGUAUUCACUUCUUCAGGCCACGUGUGCUAAGGACUGCAGUUUACCAUGAGAUCUUAAUAGGCUACCUGGAGUAUGUGAAAAAACUGGGGUAUGUGAUGGGUCACAUCUGGGCCUGCCCACCCAGUGAAGGAGAUGACUACAUUUUUCACUGCCACCCUGUUGACCAGAAGAUCCCAAAGCCCAAGAGGCUCCAAGAGUGGUACAGAAAGAUGCUGGACAAGGCUUUCGCUGAGAGGAUCCUACACGAUUACAAGGACAUUUUCAAACAGGCAACAGAAGACCGGAUAACCAGUGCCAAUGAGCUGCCCUACUUUGAGGGCGACUUUUGGCCUAAUGUACUGGAGGAGAGCAUCAAGGAGCUGGAGCAGGAGGAGGAAGAGAGGAAGAAGGAGGAGAACACGGCCUCCACUGAGGCACCAGAGGGGGCCCAAGCUGACAGCAAAAAUGCCAAAAAGAAGAAUAACAAGAAAACCAACAAAAACAAGAGCAGCGUCAGCCGAGCAAAUAAGAAAAAGCCCGGCAUGCCGAAUGUAGCCAAUGACUUGUCCCAGAAGCUCUACGCCACCAUGGAGAAACAUAAGGAGGUGUUUUUUGUGAUCCACCUGCAUGCCGGGCCAGUCGUUAAUACCCUGCCACCCAUCAUGGACCCGGACCCUCUGUUGACGUGUGACCUGAUGGAUGGGCGGGAUGCCUUUCUGACUUUGGCCAGGGACAAGCACUGGGAGUUCAGCUCGCUGAGAAGAUGCAAGUGGAGCACGAUGUGCAUGUUGGUUGAGCUGCACAACCAAGGCCAGGACCGCUUUGUGUACACCUGCAAUGAGUGCAAGCACCACGUAGAGACUCGCUGGCACUGCACCGUCUGUGAGGAUUAUGACCUAUGCAUUAAUUGCUACAACGCUAAGGGCCACGAGCACCAGAUGGUUAAGUGGGGCCUCGGUCUAGACGACGACAACAACGGGCAGGGCGGAGAGGCCUCCAAGAGCCCUCAGGAGAGCCGCCGUCUCAGCAUCCAGCGCUGCAUCCAGUCCCUGGUCCAUGCCUGCCAGUGCCGCAAUGCCAACUGCUCUCUUCCUUCAUGCCAGAAGAUGAAGAGGGUGGUUCAACACACCAAAGGCUGCAAGCGCAAGACCAAUGGUGGCUGCCCUGUGUGCAAGCAACUCAUUGCUUUGUGUUGUUAUCACGCUAAGCAUUGUCAGGAGAACAAGUGUCCGGUUCCCUUUUGCCUCAACAUCAAGCACAAACUCCGUCAGCAGCAGCUGCAGCACAGGCUCCAGCAGGCUCAAAUGAUGCGGCGAAGGAUGGCCACCAUGGCUGGAAGGGGUAUGCCCAUGCCAUCUCCACCUACCUCAGCUGGACCCGACACCCCCAACUCUGUGCAGCAGCCUAAUACCCCCCAGACCCCCCAGCCCAUGCCCAACCAGCAACAGCAACAACAACAACAACAGCAACAACCGCAGCAGCAGGGACCAAACCCUGCCAAUAUGUCGCAAGGCUUCCCUAACAAUGGCCGCAGCAGCCAGCCCCCAACACCAGUGCCGCAGGGCAAACCAGGGCCUCAGUCAUCCCCUCUUCAUCAGCAGCCGUCGCCUCUGCCUAACAUGCCUCAGCCGCAGCCGCAGCAGCAGCAACAUCAUCAUCAUCAACAACUACAACAACAAUUGCUGCAGCAGCAACAACAACAACAACAGCAGCAACAACAACAACAACAACAACAGCAGCAGCAGCAGCAGCAACAACAACAACAACAACAUCAUCAACAGCAACCACUGCUAGCAGCGCUGAAGGUGGCCAAACAGAUCGAGAUGGUAGCCAAAGCGAAGCAGCAGCAGCAGCAACAGCAACAACAACAGAAUUAUGCCAUGAAUGGGAUGCCCAUGAACCACCCUCGAAUGAUGGGACCCAUGCCGGGUCAGAUGCCGAUGAUGCAGGGACCACGGGGCCCCCAGGUGAUGCAGGCUAUGCAGCAGAGCCAAUGGGGUCCAGGGAUGCAGAAUCCCAUGCAGAAUUCCCAGGGUCAUCAGUCACCGGUGCCUCCUCAACAUGGCCCUUUAGCCCCUCAGCAGGCUCAGGGAGCCCCCAUGCCCCAGCAGAACCAGCUCAUGCAGAGGCCCAUGAUGACUCAGCAACAGGUUCUCCAAAUGCCUGGAGUCAUUCCUCCACAGGGGCCCUCACAGCAAGGCAUGACACCACAGCAGCAACGGGGGAUUCCUGGUAACAUUGCUCCGAGUGCUCUGCAGGAACUACUGCGCACCCUCAAAUCUCCCAGCUCCCCGCAGCAGCAACAGCAGGUCCUCAACAUCCUCAAGUCCAACCCACACCUCAUGGCCGCUUUCAUCAAACAAAGGACAGCCAAGUAUCAGGCCACACAGCCCCAGCAGCAGGCGCAGCAGCAGAGUGCACAAGCCAUGUCACAGACGGGAAUGCAGACCAUGGCAGCUAUGGCAAACCAGGUGCAGAGGCCAGUGAUGGCACCUCAGCAGCAGCAGCAGCAGCAGCAGCCCCCUCAACAGCCAGGGUCCCAGGGCAUGGCAACCAUGGUCGCCCAAGGCCAGAUGAUGAAUGCUGCUCAAAAUGGCAAUCCCCAACUGUACCGCAGGCAGCAGAUCCUCAGGAUGCAAAUGCAGCAGCAGCAGCAGCAGCAGCAGCAGCAGGGAGGGAUGCCUCAGGGCCACGGUCAGUUCCCCCAACAGCAACAGGCAGGGCCACCAAACUACUCCCAGCUCCGUAUGCAGCAGCAAAUGGUUAUGCAAGGUGGUGGGGGACCCAUGGGACAGCUACCUCCCACGUCUCAAAUGGGUCAACCUGGCAUGGGCAUGGAUGGGCCCCAGAACCACCUCCAGCAGCGCAUACUUCAACAACAACAACAGCAGCAGCAGCAACAACAGCAGCAGCAGAUGUUAAAGCAGCAGAUGGGCUCUCCAGCACAGGCUAACUCGAUGAGUCCACAGCCUCACAUGCUCCAAAGCCAAGGCCAGGGAGGAGCUCACUUACCUGGCAAGACAAUGGCAAACACCCUGGGAAACCAAGUGCGCUCCCCAGCCCCAGUGCAAUCUCCCCGUCCGCCCUCACAACAGACCCCGCAUUCCAGUCCCUCGCCGAGGAUACAGCCCCAGCCCUCACCCCAACACGGUGCCCUCCACUCCAGCUCUCCACACCCAGGCCUUGGAGGCCCAAUGUCAGGCUCCAUGGAGCAGAGACACAUGGGAACACCAGAGCAGAGUGCCAUGCUCCCGCAACUCAACACACCAAACAGAGGGUUGAGCAAUGACAUGAUUAUGUCGGGUGACACAACGGGAGACCAGCUGGAGAAAUUUGUUGAAGGAUUGUAGCAUUUUGGGACAGAAGAAAGGCCUUUGUUCUGUUUUCAACUGAGAAUGUUUUGUACUUGCCGGUGUAAAAAGCUAAAAUAAAUACAAACAAAUGAGUCAUACGAGGCCUACAGACUGUGAACUUUCCUUAAACCAAGGGACUGCUUUUUCUUCCAACACAGUGAGAGUGAUUUAAUACUUGCUGUUGACAAGAAGACAACAAAGACACAAAGAAUAUAUUUUUUGGUUCAGACCAGCCAUGCAAGAAUUUGCCCUGGUCUUGGUUUUGUUUUAAUUUGUUUUUCAUUUGUUAUGCUCUGGUAUGGACUUUUUUAACAAAACUUCUCAAAACAAAAAAUAUUUCAUUUUAUUAUUCUUUUUUUAUUUUGUACCUUUUCAAAUUAAUAUGAUAUUUGUGUUGAGAAGACUGUAAAAUUAUUUGUCUGGGAAUUUGUUUUGCCAGAUUUCACCUCUUGCUCAGUUUUUCUGUUCCUGGAUAAUUUAUUCUAAUAUGCCAUUUUUCAAAAGGACUGCCUUUGGGAAAGCCUUAAUUUCUUUCCUGUUUGCAGAGUCUAUGGGAGAUAAAUGUAUUUGUAUAGAUCUAGGAACUAUUGCACACAUCCAAACACAAAAGGCAGGUCCAAGAUAAAAAGUCUUGCCUGUCUUGAAGCUUGUUAAUGUUCACAGGUGCCGGAAUGUUCUUUUUAGGCCUGGGCCCAGUAUUUGUCUUGCUUUGUCUUUCCUGCAGUCAAAAGAAAUUUUCAUCAAGUCUUGAACCUCUUUUGACUGAGUUGGGAAAUCAACUUGUCUGACUUCUGAUUUGUGUUUAGAGAGGGUUUUGUGCAUCAUUUUCUCACUUGCAUUAAACUUGAAUUGAUGAGGAACUAUCUCUAAUGUAAAUCAUGCAGCUAGACUGUAAAUAUGCAGAAAAUAAGAAUGAAAUCACUGUACAAACUGGUUCAAAUGGCUCAUUUCGUACUUAUAUACCAUAUUGUUAAAUAAACCUGUGUGCCACAGA